AUGGCGGCUUCCGUCGACGAAUUGAAGACAACGAUGCAGGCCAUGGCGAAGCAGUUCGCCGGGUCCCAGGACAUGAUGUCCACCGCCUUGGACAAGCUUGGAGCACUCGAGACCUGGAAGGAGACGGCGGACAGGUCGCUCGGCACCCUGUUGCAGAAGACCACGGCGAUGGCGACUCGGGUCGAGGUGACGAUGUCGCGUGUGUCUCGCCUCGAGUUUCGUCCUCCACCACCAUCGCCGCCCCCGCCGCCACCUCAUUGGAGCGCGCAACACCAUCCGCCACCGGCUGUGGCGGGUCUCGACCUCAACACGGCUCCCGGAGCGUCGUCAAGUGCGACGCCUCCGCGACCGAAUUCGCCCAUGGGGCACGGCAAUGACAAUCAAAUCCGGGACGUUGGCAGUGGAAUCCUCGGAUUUCCCCCGCCUCGCCCGGGGAACGGUACGCACUAUGGUCCCGUUCCCCAACCCCUUCCAGUUCAGGCUCCUGCUUCUGAUGAGGAUUCGGUACAUCACAAUCCCCCGUUUCCGAAGAUGGAAUUCCCCAAAUUCGAUGGAUCUAACCCCCGUUGGUGGCGUGAUCAAUGCGAACUUUAUUUCGAGACCGUGCAGCGGCGUGGAAGGAUUGUCGAGUGGGAACGGCUGUGCGAGUUGGUGAUGGCGAAAUUCAACAAAGAUCAGUACGAGGUACUUCCCCGGCAAUUCAACGCCCUGAAGCAGACUGCCUCGGUGCUGGAGUACCAGGCGACAUUCGAGAAGCUGGCCCAUGGUGUAUUGCUCUACAUCCCGGCGUAUGACGACACCUUCUUCGUCACGCGAUUCGUGGGUAGUCUCCGUGACGACAUCAGGUCGGCGCUGCUACUGCACCGGCCUCACGAUGUCGACACCACGAGUGCUCUGGCGCUGAUUCAGGAACAAGAAUUGGAGCAGGAACAUUCGAAGUCAUCUGGGCGGGAUUUCACCAGAUCGACUGCGUGUUCGGGAAUUGGUGCGGAGAAGCCGAGAGCUGUGGACACAGCCAAACCUGUGAUCAAGGCUCACAAAACAGAAGCUGAGGAUAAGUUGGCUAGCCUCAAGUCCUUGAGGAGAAGAAACGGAUUAUGCUUCAAGUGUGGUGAGAAGUGGAGCCCUGCUCAUACUUGUCCCCCUCACAUUUCAUUACAUGUAUUGGAGGAGUUCCUGGAUGCCUUAGACAUUGUGCAAUCUAAUGAUGAUGAUGAGAGUGAGGAGGAAUCGGCUGUCGAAGAACAGGAAGUGUUAGCUGUCCAAAUUGAACCUAAUCCUCAAACAGUCAACAGACAGACACUAGAGUUGUUGGCCCAAAUUGGGAAACACAAGGUACUGAUCUUGGUUGAUUCGGGCAGUAUUGGUACCUUUGUGAGUGAACAAUUGGUGUCUCAGUUGAAACUGCAAACCACUGCUUGUGAAACCACUACCUAUAAAGCAGCAGAUGGUGGACUCAUGUUGUGUGAUCAGAAAGUGGCCCAGUUAUCUUGGUUCAUUCAAGGCAAGUCCAUCAAGCUGCAAGGGGUGGUGAAUGAUGCUACUCAUUGCAAUCCAAUUAGUGCACAGAAAUUGAAGGGAUUACUGAAGCAUGGGGCUGUCUCUCAUUGUGUUCAGUUGCUCAAUUCCAUGGAUACCAGUGAUGACAUAACCAAGGAUUCUGAGAAGGAUAUUCCAGAAGCAGUAUCAGGCUUGUUGGAACAGUACAAGCAUCUAUUUGCAUAA